CGGGACCGCGAGAGAAGCUGGGGCUGUGGGUCGUGGAGAAGCUUUGAUGACUCUGAUUGGCGGAGACGUGGCGGGCCCCCUCCCUCAUCCCUUAGUGCUCCUGCUCCAAUUGGGAAAUCUGGUCAUGCAUCCAGUGACAUUCGGGGAUGUGGCUGUGGACUUCUCACUGGAGGAGUGGAGAUGCCUGAGCCCAGCCCAGAGGAUGUUGUACCGGGACGUGAUGCUGGAGAACUAUGAGAACCUGGUCUCUGUGGGGCUUCCAGCGUCCAAACCUGAAGUGAUCUCCCAGUUGGAGAGAGGUGAAGUACCAUGGAUGCACAAGGCAGGUGUCCCCAGAGGCCCCUGCCCAGAUGACCUGAGUUGGGAUGCUAGGUGUGAAACCAAGGAUUCAGUUCUGACUGAGGGCAUUUGCCCAGGAACGUUGGCGCAAGAAAGAUUGCCACUGGAUAGUAACUGGUAUCCCAGGAUGGGAGAAUCUGAGGGACGGGAAGUUGAGUUAGAGAGACAGCAGGGCUGCCAGGAGAGACAGUCCCACCAAGUGACAACCACACCCCAAAGAGCUUUUAAUAUGGUGAGUGUACCUGAAUAUAGCACACUUAUUAAACAUUUUGGCCUGGGCCCAGUUCUUUUUCCACAGUGGAAAGCUGACAUGGGAGAAAGAUUCCAUAAGUAUAAUACACUUGGAAAGAAAGCCUUUGGCCAGAGAUUAAAUCUUAACAUACAGAAGAAAAUUCAUACUGGAGAAAACCCCUUUGAAUGUGAUAUAUGUUGGAAAACCUUCAGGAACAGGGAAACACUUAAUAAACAUCAGAGAACUCACACUGUAGUGAAAUUGUUUGAUUUUAAUGAAUGUGGAAAAGGCUUGAGUGAUGAGGGAAUGGUUAUUGGACGUCAGAAAUCUUCUGGAGUGAAACCCUUUGAAUGUAGUGAAUGCGGGAAAGCCUUCAGUGGGAAGGCUUACCUUAUUAUCCAUGAAAGAACUCAUACUGGAAUGAAACCUUUUGAAUGUGAUAAAUGUGGGAAAGCCUUCAUUCGGAAGGAAUACCUUAUUAGCCACCAGAGAACUCACAGUGGAGUGAAACCCUUUGAAUGUAAUGAAUGUGGAAAAGCCUAUAGUCAGAAGGGAAACCUGAUAAGCCAUCAGAGAAUUCACACUGGUGUGAAACCAUUUGAAUGUAAUGAAUGUGGAAAAGCCUUCAAUCAGAAGGGCUACCUUAUUAGUCAUCAGAGAACUCAUUCUGGACUGAAACCCUUUGAAUGUAAAGAAUGUGGGAAAGCCUUCACUGCUAAGAGAACCCUCAUUAGCCAUCAGAGAAUUCAUAGUGGAAUGAAGCCCUUUGGAUGUAAUGAAUGUGGGAAAACUUUCAGUGAGAGGGGUACCCUUAUUAGCCAUCAGAGAACCCAUACUGGAGUGAAACCCUUUGAAUGUAAUGAAUGUGGGAAAGCCUUCCUUCGGAAGGGUCACCUUAAUAGCCAUCAGAGAACUCAUACAGGAGUGAAACCCUUUAAAUGUAAUGAAUGUGGGAAAGCCUUCAGUCAGAAGGGACACCUCAUCAGCCAUCAGAGAAUUCAUACUGGAAUGAAGCCCUUUGGAUGUAACGAAUGUGGUAAAGCCUUCAGACAGAAGGUCCACGUUGCUGAACAUCAGAGAAUCCAUACAGGAGAGAAACCUUAUGAAUGUACUCAAUGUGGAAAGACGUUCAGGCACAGCUCUAGUCUUGCCGAACAUCAGAGAAUCCACACUGGAGAGAAACCUUAUGAAUGUAAUCAGUGUGGAAAGAGUUUCAGACACAGUUCUAGCCUUGCUGGACAUCAGAGAAUCCACACUGGAGAAAAACCUUAUAAAUGUAAUCAAUGUGGAAAAAGCUUCAGACGCAGUUGUAUUCUUGCUGAGCAUCAGCGAAUCCACACUGGAGAAAGACCUUAUGAAUGUAAUCAAUGUGGAAAGAGUUUCAGACAAAGUUCUAAUCUUGCUGAACAUCAGAGAAUCCACACUGGAGAAAAACCAUAUGAAUGUAAUCAGUGUGGAAAGAGUUUCAGACGGAGUUCCAGACUUGCUGAACAUCAGAGAAUCCACACUGGAGAGAAACCUUAUGAAUGUAAUUAUUGCAGAAAAACUUUCAGACAAAAGUUAUGUCUUGUUGCACAUCAGAGAAUCCACACUGGAGAGAAACUUUAUGAAUGUAAUCAGUGUGGAAAGACUUUUUCAAACACCUACUAUCUUGCUCUACAUCAGAGACUUCAUACCGGAGAGAAACCUUAUGAAUGUAAUCAAUGUGGAAAGGCUUUCACACAGAGCUGCAUCCUUGUUAGACAUCAGAGAAUCCACAAUGAAGAAAAACCUUUUAAAUGUGAUCAAUGUGGGAAGACUUUCAGACAUAGCUCUAAUCUUGGUAUACAUAGGAGAAUCCACACUGGAGAAAAGCCUUAUGAAUGUAAUCAAUGUGGAAAGACUUUCAGAGAGAAUGCCAAACUUGUUCUACAUCAGAGGAUCCAUACUGGAGAAAAACCUUAUACAUGUAAUCAAUGUGGGCAGACUUUCAGACAAAGCACCCAUCUUGCUAAACAUAAGAGUAUCCACACUGGAGAGAAACCUUAUGAAUGUAAUCAAUGUGGUAAAACUUUCCGGGAACAGUCAUUCCUUAUUUCCCAUAGGAGAAUCCAUAGUAGAUAGAAAUCAUCACUGUACCGAAUGAGGAAAGGCAUUCAAUGGGUGUAAUGGGCUUGUUAGACAUCAGAAUUCAUUCUGGGGACAAGCUCAAUAAGGACUCAAUGUGGGAAGACCUUCAGUCAGAGAUCAUCUUGUCUCUUGAUUCACAUCAGAGGAUUCAUAGUGCUUGACUUGAUAGAAGAGAGAGGUCCCUGAGACAUCAGAAUAAUCACAUGGGUAUUAAAAAAGCAAUGAUUGUGGGAGAGCCUUGACAUAGAGUUCAUAUUUGACUGUACUUGGGAGGAAUUAUGCUGGAGACAAAACCUAGGGAUCUAAUAAAUAAGGGAAGACCUCUUGUUCGAGCAUAUACCUAAUUUGCCAUCCCAAAUUUCAUGUGGUGCAUAAAGCCCUAUAAAUGGAAUGUAUUUUUCUAUGAAAUAUUGUUUUUCAACACACUUCAAGAAUAUUCCAUAGCAUUUAUCUACCAUUACUUCAUCCAACAUCCCGGAUUUGAUUAAUACUUAUUUCCUGUUCUUUGUUGAUAUAAAAACUUCUGGUAGAAAUAUUUUUGUAACUGUUGGGACAUUUAUUUCUGUAAUGAUUUCUUUAGGCUGCUAAGUGGCACAGUGGAUGGUGUUGCUCCUGCAGCCACAAGACCUGAGUUAAAAUUCAGUCUCUGAUACUUACUAGCUAUGUGAUACUGGGCAAAUCACUUAAGCCAUUAUUUUU